AUGGUCGGUUCUCCAAGUGUUGACGACUUUAUAAUUCCCGACGAGGACCCUGCUCCCGCCAGCAAGCUGGCACCUGUACCAAGUGCCCAAACCUCUCAGCCUGGAUUCCAAUUUGGACUGUGGGGUCAAUUUGGACCGAAGGUUGAUUUGAGUUCGACAUUCACACCGUUCGUUUCUGGAACCGAUAAUAACCGCAUUCUGGAACAUCAGUAUGCUGGUGGAGAUACUCUUGAUGAGCCCGUGUGGCACACAUUAAGGCGAGACUUGUUGCAAAUAGCCAAAAGACUUGCAAUUGUAGUAUGGCCCAUGCAACUUUCACGGCUAGCCUCUCAGCAACAGCAAAGAUUUGUACGUUUUGCUUCUAGCAAUGGUAUACGCCUCCCUCCUACAAUAAUGAACCAACCGGUUGCUGUGGAUGCCAAUGAAGAUGAGGACAGAGAAGCUAGUUAUUCCAAUCGAGACCUCUUGUCGCUGGAGAAUUUGGAUUGGGAUCUCUGGGGACCACUCUUAUUUUCAUUAGCAUACUCUGUGACAUUGGGGGUUUCAGCCAGCAAAAACCAAACCAACCUGGUGUUUUCUGGCUCAUUUGCAUUUGUAUGGAUCUUUUAUAUUGUCAUUGGAUUGAACAUUCAAAUGUUAGGUGGUAACAUCCUCGUUCAUGUCAGCCAUAAGGUGCUGCUGGUUACUCCAUGUUCCCCAUUGUCGUUGGUGAGUUAUUAUGCCUGCAAAGAAUUCGAUGGAAAACUCCUACGUUUGGCAGUCAUGGCGUAG